CCAAAGGAAAACAAAACCUGGAGACACAGAAGAGGGCUAGGAAAAAGUUUUGGAUGGGAUUAUGUGGAAACUACCCUGCAAUUCUCCGCUGCCAGAGCAGGCUCAGUGCUGCCUUCUCCCCAGCGGCGCAGCCCGCGCCGGGCGCUGCUGAGAGACGCCCGGGCCUCGGUGCCGCGCCGCCAGUGCCUGCUGUGCCGGAGCCCCUCGCCCCGCCGGCCCAAUGCUCCUCCUCGGGCUGCUCCUGCUGACAUCUGCCCUGGCCGGCCGGAGGCAGGGGGCCGUCGCCGAAUCCGAUCUCAGCAGCAAGUUCGCCUUCUCCGGCGCCAAGGAGCAGAACGGUGUGCAGGACCCUCACCAUGAGAAGAUAAUUACUGUGACUACUAAUGGGAGUAUUCACAGCCCCAAGUUUCCACAUACAUACCCACGCAACACUGUGCUAGUGUGGAGAUUAGUAGCACUAGAUGAAAAUGUAUGGAUACAACUUACUUUUGAUGAAAGAUUUGGGCUUGAGGACCCAGAAGAUGAUAUUUGCAAGUAUGACUUUGUAGAAGUUGAAGAGCCUAGUGAUGGCACUGUUUUAGGACGUUGGUGUGGUUCCAGUACUGUGCCAAGCAGACAAAUCUCCAAAGGAAACCAGAUCAGAAUAAGAUUUGUGUCUGAUGAAUAUUUCCCUUCUGAACCUGGAUUCUGCAUCCAUUAUACACUUCUUAUGCCACAGCACACAGAAGCACCCAGCCCGUCGCUGCUCCCCCCAUCAGCCUUGCCCUUGGAUGUACUAAACAACGCCGUGGCUGGCUUUAGCACCGUGGAAGACCUUAUCCGCUACCUUGAACCAGAGCGGUGGCAGCUGGAUUUGGAGGAUUUAUACAGGCCAACGUGGCAACUUCUUGGGAAAGCAUAUAUUCAUGGGAGGAAGUCAAGAGUGGUGGAUCUGAACCUCCUGAAGGAGGAGGCGCGGCUGUACAGUUGCACCCCGCGCAACUUCUCGGUGUCGCUGAGGGAGGAGCUGAAGAGGACAGACACCAUCUUCUGGCCUCUGUGUCUGCUGGUGAAACGCUGCGGUGGAAACUGUGCCUGUUGUCAGCAGAGCUGCAACGAGUGCCAGUGUGUGCCAACAAAAGUCACCAAAAAGUACCACGAGGUUCUUCAGCUGAAGCCAAGGAUUGGUGUCCGAGGAUUGCAUAAGUCAUUGACAGAUGUACCCUUGGAACACCACGAGGAGUGUGACUGUGUGUGCAAAAGGAAUACUGAAGGAUAAACAUGAUAUAAUUGUGCUGUUUUCUUUCAAAGCACAUUCAAUCAAUGGCUGAUUCUAUUAUGGGGCUUGUGCAUUAUCUCCUUCUGUAAUCUCAGUUGUUUGCUUUGGGGAUCUUCCAUCUUGAAGAUUUACAGUGAGCUCUAAAAAGAGAAGCCAAACUGGGAUUAUAUGUUGUGUGACAGCUCUGUUUGGAGACCCAGUGAAAGGAUGGGAGAGAGGCAUCAAUGAGGGAUUUAAAAUAUAUGUAUUGUUUUGUCCCCUGCAAUUUUCUUGGCAAUACAUGGAUUUAUAAUUUAGGAGUAAAAAAUAGAUUUAGAAGGCUGACAUCAUGGAGACUUGAUCCUGCUGGCUGUCUCAUUUCUACAGCUCGAGUACAUCUGGCCUCUGGUUGAAAACACCUGAAAUCUUUGUGUUCAGCUACUCCUAUGUACUCUAAAUCAAAGUGUUCUCUGUUGUAUAAACUUGGGUUAAAACAGACUGUCUUUUUCUGAAUUAAAUUUAAUUUGUCUAAUGCUGGUAGGAAGGACUGGAUUUUUCCAUAUGCUCUAGUAAAGCUCCUGCCUUUUAGAAGGAAGACUGGACAAUAAUGUGAGCUAAGGAAGCAAACAUUGAAAAGAUCAGUGCCUUUAUUCUUACUACUAUGGCUGAUGAUUUUUUUUGUGUGUUUGUUAUUUUUUAUCGUGUACAUUUUUAUACUCUCCUUUUGAUGAUAUAACUAUUUGCUUUUCUAAACUUGUUAAAUAUAUCUAUUUUUACCAAAGGUAUUUAAUAUUCUUUUUUUUAUUACAAACUUGAUCAACUAUUUUUUAGUUUUGUGAGACUUUAAAGCCAGAUUUAUACAGUUGGAGGAACAGAGAUGUGACUACAGUGGGAAAGAAGCAUGAUCUCUUUGCAGUUUGUUUCUACAAAGUGAAAAGUACAGUUUUCUUACUUGGAUUCACAGUAAUAGUGGACAGAGAUGUGUGGAUGAAGCUCUAAGCUUCAUGAGGCUAAAAAUAUGAGUGACAGAGGUUACUAUAAGUGGUUUUAGAAGUUGAAUUUAAAAAUUCCCCCUCUCCAUACUGUUUUUUGUUCAGGUAGAAAAGAAAUGAGCAUAGAUGGAUGCAUUCUGGCUUGUUUAACUCUUUAAUUUCUUUAAAGGAGAAUGACCUACAAUGUAAGAAAAGGAAUCAGUGGCUUGCAGCCAUCAUGAUGCAUCAUGGUCAUGGGAAGACAGCCGUGUCAGUGGUGAAGUGUAGAGUUUUCCAUUGACAGAAACUGCUGCUUAAGUGCAGUUCACUCACAGGAACAUAACACUCUGCAGUGCAGUUUGAUGAACUCCAUGGUAUCGUUCUUCUGUAUGUUUUAUUCUUUAACCAAUACACUUAUCCCACCCCAUGCAAACUGAAAUGGAAACAGUAAAGUAUUUUGCUUGUAAAAUGCUUUAACAUUAUGCCUAGUUUAUUUUUUUGACUAUUGGAUUUUCAGAUUGUAAUGAAUCACAAAAUAAAGUAAUAAUGCUAAUUUUGGGAGAAUAAA